AUGGUCGGAAAUACAGGAAGGACCGAACGAUCCCGCUGUCCUCGGAGGGGAGUGCCUCGCAGUCAGCCCCCGGUACUCCGAGCCAGGUGUGCCUGCUGUGGCGGCAGCCCGGGUAGGACGGGGCGGAAGCAGCGGGGAAGCAGCCGAGGCAGCGCUCACCGUGCCCUGCGGGCUUGGCCCCCGCGCAGCGCCCCUCUUCGCGUCCCUCUCCAUAGACCGGGCACCCUCGCGUUGCUGCCACCCCCGCCAGCGGUCCGGGAGCCGCCCGCGCUCGGCGGCCGCGGCUGCCGCGGAGCGGAGGGUGCGCGGUGCCGCGGGAGGGGCGCGGCAGCGCCGGGGACACUUCUUCCCCCAGCCCCGCCGAGAACUAACUUAUGCCACGUAAUUGGUUUGAAACAAAGGUCGGGUCCGCGCUGCCCCGAUGCGGCCGGCGGGACGGGGCUGGGCAAGGGCGGCCGGCCCCGCCGCUUCUCCUUUCUCUUCGGGGAGUUCGUGUUUGGUGUUUAUUUUUUGUUUUUCUUUCUGUUUGGAGUCCAGGAGAAGUUAGCUGGCAGGCGCGGAUGCGAGGCAGCGUUAACGCCGCCACCGCCCGGGCUGAUACACGACCCCCACCCAACCCCUCUGUGCAUCUCUCUCCUCCCGCGCCCUGCACCCCUCCCCCGUCUCCCUCCCACGCUUGCCCCCUUCACUUCUCACCCCCCGCCGAGGUCCUGUGACCCGCCGCACCUCCCCCACGCCGCCCCCGGUGCCCCCCGCGGGCGGAGGCAGCGGCUGGUGCCCGCAGCGGGGCUCCCUCCUGGGACGGGGCUCCCUCCUGGGACGGGCCCGGCCGCCGUCCAAGGCGGGCCGGGAGCCGCCGUGCAAAACACCCCCGCCCCCCCCGCGCCGAUAAGGCCGCGCAAACAUGACUUUGUGAAAGGCGGCGGCGGCGGCUCCUCUGCACCCCCCACCCCGUCCCCUCCCGCGUUUGUUCGGCCCCGGGACAAAUGGGAAGGAGAAACAGACGGGCAAACGUGUAAAGUUUUAUGGCUGCUGAAGCCAGCAGAAGUGUUUGAUCGUCUUUAGCUUCCGAGCAGGAAUGUCAGGCCCGCGAGAUCCAAGCGUGCAAACCUGACCACGUCAGCAAGAGCGCGGCGCUGUGAAAACACAUUUGCAAAGCAAAGAAACUUCGGCGGGGUGGGGAGGAGGGGGGGGGGGGUCAUCAGAACCCCUCGCUGCGGGGUUUCAGACUCGACUCCCUCCGCCACGCGGCUCCCGCGCCCGUUUGCUUCCUCCCCUCCUCUUCCUCCUCCUCCCACGCGGCUGCUGAGGGGGGGCUGCAGGCGGCCCCCGUCGGGCCCCCCCUGGCCGCCCGGCCGGGCGCUGCCCGCGAGCCGUCACCCACGGCGGGACGGGCCCGGCCGCGAAGAUCGAAAAUCCCCCGGGGAAAGAGGAGGAGCUGGGGGGGCGGAAAGCCCAAACCUCGCUCCUUCCCGUGUCCUAGCCGUUUGCUGGGGCCCGUCCCCCCCUCGGCGGGUGUUGCUGCUGGACGCGGCUCGGCUGGCCCCGCUCCCGGCCCCAUUCCCGGCCUUGCUCCCCCGUUCCCGGCCCCUCCCGCUGCCCGCGCGGCUGGCGGGCUCAUGGUGCCCCCUCGCGGCCGCCGGGCCCGCCGGCAGCGGCUCUUCCGCCCAGGAGUGCCGGGAGAGAUCCCACGUUCCUGCCUCUUCCCCUCCUCCCGUUCUGCCGGGGGGCGACGGCUCCCGACCCGGCAACAGGCCCUGCCCCGCACCCGGGGAGCCUCCGGGGCUCGGGAAUGUCGCGGACGGGCGGGAUAACGUGCAUCCCUUCCCAUAACCUCCUCCUGGGCCGGUCGGAGUUGCCUGCGCACUGACCCUCCCACACAUCUCCGCCAGUGAAACAUCACCUCGGAGCAGAUCCUGCCCGCCAGCCAACCGAGAGUACAGUUUACGAUGACAGUCAUGCACGGAUCAAUGUGUCAUCGCCAUUGGGAGGAAUACUUUGAUAAACUGACUUUGAUCAAAUACACGACCGAUAAGCGCUCUCUGGCAUCACGCUUUGGUAACCCUCUCCUGCAAUCGCUGCACAGGGUUUAAAGGUUCUUCAUUGAGUAGUUACACAGUAACGCAAGCCGCUAGCACCGUGUGGUGAAAUGAGACCGAAAUGACGGCGUACAGGGACGCAUAUCCAUAUUUUGGGGGGCCUGGCCGUGCUACAGCCAGUCACAGCCCUUGGCUACAGGAAGGUCGCUGUCUCCCAGCAGCCAUUCCAGCAGGAUCAGCACACCAGCAUGGAUCUCCCCCCACCGCUGGAGCAGCUCACACAGUAUGCCAAAUGCUAAAUCUAAGGCCAUUGGAGCAUUCACUAUCCUAAGUGCAAACUCUGUUAAGAGAAAAUAUGUGUAAGAAUACAGAGCAAGACCACAAACAUUUUCAAAUAAAAUCAGCACAAAAAUGA